GGCAGCGCGGCAGCCUCCAUACUACGGGGAGCCCGAGGUGCACACUGCGCGGAGCCACACGGACUCCCGUCGCACUUCAAUGGAGGAGCGGCCUGGCGAGCGGCCAUCUGAGAAGCGGCACCAGCAUGGGAUCGAGCGCGGCCAGUGCGGACCCGGAAAGGCGCUGAAAGAUGCACAGAGUCGCUGCGAGCACCAGCACCAGGAAGCGCCGGCGAAGAAAGCAGGCAACGGAAAAGUACACGGCAGCCUGGCGGAGGCAAGGAGGACUGGCCCCACUAGUGAUGCUGCCAGCGUUCCCUAUGUCAGCUACAGCAAUGGUGCCCCACUGCGCAUAGAGGCAACUAUCCGGCCAGGGCACGUGGGGAGGGGAGCUGCGCCCCCCCCGGCGAAGACGGGGAGCCGAAGUGGCCCCCGAAACAACAGUAUGGAGUGCAAGAGAGACAAGGCCCCAGACGGUGGUGCUUACGAGCCCGCGGACAAAGAGUCUCCAUUUCUUGUGAACGGGGUUGUGGGGUUCACCCCAGGCUACAUGGGAAAUGGGUACCCUGGCAAUGAUGGGGGCAGCUCUGAGAGUGCUUAUGCCACGGCCAAGAAGCGGCAGGCCCGGUUUGAUGGUGCUAGGGGUACCGAGGCUGUCCAGCAGGGCGGCGCUGUCCCGGUUCACGAGUCUGAGCCUUCCAGCCCGGAACUGGGUGAAAGAGCCACAGGCCCGCGACCAGAGAAUGUCGGGGUGGUGGCAGGGGUGGCCAAGGUGGCCGGCGCCCCCUGCAGGAGGAACGAGGACGGGGUCUGUAGAGCUAAAGUCUCGCCAGUGGCAGCAGCGAAAGAAGAUUCCUGGACUCUGUUUAGGCCCCUUCCCGUUUUUCCCGUCGACAACAGCAGCGCUAAGAUCGUGCCCAAGAUCAGUUACGCAAGUAAAGUGAAGGAGAACCUCAACAAAGCGGCCCCCUCCGCCACGGAGACGCUGCCCCCGCAGGUCCCCAUGUCUGCUGUCAAAACAAUCCCAUCUGCCGGCUUGGCCAAUGGCCCCGUUUCCGGAGAUGGUCGCCCGUUCGUGACGGCGCAGCGUCUGCCCGCAGCGGCUUCACGUGGGGCUCCAGCCUCCUCUUACCUGAGGGACCCGAAUGUAGCAUCCUCCCUCGAUGGCGACGGUGGUGCCACCCCCACACCCUCGGGAGAGCAGCGAGAACCCAGUGUCGUUCUGAACCCCUUGACAGUUUCUGGUUUAGAUCUGGCGCCCCCUAGUGCCUUCCCAGAGGACCUCUCUGGGAGUCCAGCUGGCUGCCAGGCCCUGGGGGACAUAUUUCAGAACGAAUGGGGGCUGUCCUUUAUCAACGAGCCCAACGCCGGCCCCCGGGGGAGUCAGUCUGUCACGGACGCACUCUUUCAGGACAGGGUUCCGGCUGUGCCUGACCUGCGGGCCCCCGAAAAUACAUCCCUAUCUGACAUACGGACUAGCGGCCCGCCCCCUACUGGCGUGCCGAGAGAAAGUCCGUCUGUCAUUCCUGUAGCCAAAUGCUCAGCCCAGACACUGCCGUUGGGCUCCGACCCACACAGAACCAAUGCUGGUAGCCAGGGCGCGGUACCGCCUAGGGACAUUGGUGCUGGGCAACUCCAGGUGGACAAAGAGUCUGGGCAUGUUAAGGGCUCCUUUGAGAGGUGUAGCUGGAGGCUGUUUGACCUUAAAGCUGCUGUUAUGUAUCACACUAAAGAAAUUGGAAAUAUUUUGAAUCUGCUAAAACAAGAUCCACACAGAGUGCUGGUGUACGACGAAUCCCUGGACGGGCCGGCUCAGUGAGGCCCCUCCUCAGCUGACUGGCCCUGCCCCCCUUCAGCUGGCUCCGCCCCUUCUGCAAGUGGCCCCGCCCCGGCAGCCAAGUUCACCGCUUCUCAGAGCUAAAAUCGAUCACAAUCUUUACCCGCGGAGGCGUGGUGCGGGGGGGCUCGCUCCUUCCCGCAAAGAUGAACACCUGGGGACCCCCCCCUCCCCUGCGUCAUGAUGUACUUUGAGUGUGGCGGGGAUGUGCUGUUUUUAAUGUAGUGUUUCUCUGGAAUCCUGGUCAGCGGACGCCAUGACACGAACAGAAUACAAAACCGUGGACUUUCAGGGAAAUCUGUCUUACGUGGUGUAGCGUAAGGGAGCCCUUGAGAGGCGUCUGUCUGUCUGUCUUAACAUGCUUUGGGGGUCGGUGGUUGCUGUGGACCGUUUACAUCCCCAAAUACUGUCUGUAAAGGCACGUAUAGAAGUGUGACCCUGGAGCAGGACCAGAGAGGUCGUCCUGCAGGGCGCGCCGGUCCCUUUCCAGACACAGUGAUGGCUGCCAGCGGUUUGCCCUGGUCUGUUAGCCUUCACUGCAACUUUGCUGCACUAAUCGUUCCACAGUCGCUUUGUCAGUCAGGAUGCUCGUCGUCUAACGUGCAGGCGGGAAGACGGAUUGGCAUGGAGGUCCCCCGUGGCUGUGUAGGGGUUAUUUUUCUUUAGUUGGGAUACUCUGGGCUGGAGCUUUUUUUUUUUUGUUUGUUGAUUUUUUUUUUUUUGUGGCAGACUGAGCUGCCUUUGGUAUCAGGGUGGGGGGGGGUGGCUCAUGCGGACAGACAAUCGGGGCGGUCCGCCUCCAGCCCGCGGUGCCUUACGGGUCGGGAUGGACACCGUGCCGGCCCCCCGCGGCUCUCUGUGCCCUCGGGGCAUACGAUCCACCCCUCAGCGCUCUUCUGGCUUUCUGACUGGCUUUCAUUUUGCCUGCCCACCUCUGUUUGAUGUUUAAUCCAUUAGCACUUUACAUUCACCUUCUUUGUUCUUUAAAAGUACAAAUAUAUAACAUAAAUGUAACUAAUCCCUGCUAAGAAUGGGUUUGAGCUGUUUUUUUAUUUUUAUGGAGAUGUAUAUGUAAGAUUAACUCAGGUAAAAAUAGGAAAGCCAUGUUUUGACAGUGGUAUACGACGACGUUGUAUUGCCAAAAGUUUAAGUGGAAUCCCUUGAUAUUUUCCCAGUUCCGUUGUCCUGGCCCUGGUGAGCAGGUGCCUACAUGUCAUGUGUUUGAUAGCUGAAAUAUUCCAGCAACCUUGGCUGAAGGGCGCCACCUUGUGGUGGCGAAUGAGUGAGCCUCCUCAUAGCUGGCUCUCCAGUGCCAUGUAAGAGGCUCGCGUGUGGGUCGCCGCCUUGAUUACUGUGAGGGGAAAGUCGGAUCCCUCUCAUCGUCCAUCCGCUCUUCGCCCUGCUAUCCCCAUGGGCGUCCUUGUGUAAGAAAGUGCUUCCUCAUCGAGGUGUGCAUUUCCCCUUUAUGGCAGGAAAUUGACUGUCUGCGUCGUGGUUUGAAAUCUUCCGUCGGAUUUGCCGUUGUGUGGGUGGGCGUGGCCUGCUAUGAUUGACCUGUCCAUCAGCCAAUGAGCUUCGCACCGAUGGGCUGCCCUCUGGAGCUUUUAGCUGCUUUCCUUUGCUUCGUUUUUCAGGCGAAUUCUAAUCCUCCUGCCCCUGCUCUUGAGUGUGGGGGCAGCGGGUGCACUCUGGAUCCCUUUGGGGGCAGGGAUACAGAGAUACCCAGAUCCUCUGAUCACCAUAGCGAUGAGAUACAGAAAGGUGAUUCACUUAGCUCUGCUGCUCUUGUUAGCUGACGAAAGGCACUUAUUUUCUAUCGGGCUGUUAGACCGUGUCCCUGUAGGGGCUGGUCAGCCUGCAAGCCCGAAACAUCUGGAGGAUACUGGGCUUUUGUUGAUGUGUGAUUGGUAGGCUGGGCAGGGCCUUAAGCCACGGUGAUGACCACGAGGUGCCUCGGCUGCUGUGAUUGGCUGCCUUAAUCGAUGGGCGUGGUCACCUGGAGCUGAGGUCCCUUUCGGCCGGUCAGCCUGCGCAUGUUUACUGUUUGUUUGAUCUUGUGGGGCUAGCCCCGACCCCUGGCCGUGUGUGUGUGUGUGUGUGUGUGUGUGUGUGUUUACGUGUGGCUGCCACAAUAGCAAUAUGCAAUCUGCUCACACUGUUAAGCACCGUGUGGCAGCCAGCACAGAUUUCUCUUUUUAAAAGUUUAGAUUUUUUUUUCUCCCUUUUGAAGCUUCGCUCAUCACUCUCUCCAUCAUUCUCUUUGCUCUUCUUUAUCCAGACUAUUAACAAUGUCCAGUUGCUAUAAUGUGGGAGUUUCCAACAGAUACCCUUGCAUAAAUUCACUGAUAUUGGUCUUUCUUCCCCCCCCCCCACUUACUUUGCCUCAUAACUUGGCUUGUUUAGCGUUCAAUUUGCUUCUUCAGACAUGAAGGAUUUGGACAUGGCCUGCGUUCAUGUCGACGGUUCAGGCUGAAAUCUUCCAUUCCACUCCGAUCAGUUCAUGGUUGAUUCUAUCUUCCAUUGUGUUAGGCACUGUAUUAUUUUGAAUACCCUUAAUUUAUUUUAGAUGCACAGUAGUUUUAAGAUGGAAGAAUCCAUGUGUGUUAUUUAAGACCAUCGAUAUUUAUGUUUAAAGGUAAUUAACUCUAUUGAGUAGUCAGUGUUAAUGAUAGUUAACUUAACACUGUGUCUGGAGAAAAAAAAAUUACUGAUUUGCUUAAUUGUCUUCUCUUAAAUUUGUCGUGACUCCUGCUUACUGGGGCCCCAUACAGUCCACAUUUUUGCUCCCAGCUCAGAGGAAGCAAAAAAUGCAGACUGCCUAGGGGUCCCCAAGGACUGGGUUGAGAAACACUGACCUAGAGGCCUGAUACCCCACCUUUAAGUCCCCAAAGCACAGUUCUGGGGCUGUCUUGGCAUUGUAUUUAAUGUACGUGACACUAAUGAUGCCUGGAAGGGGCUGCACCACGUGGGCAUUGGCUGAAAGCUGAUUGGUGCCUGGAGUGCCCCUUCCCUGUCACUCACUGAUUCAAAAGGUAUCAUUGGCUAAUAAGUUUUGGCGCCUCUGUAUGAAUUAUGGCACCUCUUGUGCCCCCCCCCCACCUUAAAAAACAUCCUUGAUGUCUAGAGGUUUAGCCUCAGUGUGGUGUGGCGGUGCCAGUCCAUUGCUGGGGGGGCUCUUUAUGUUUUGGGUCUUGCAGACGGCGGAUACACAGUGUCCGUGGGGGGGGUGAUGGACGCCCGUGUGACUGACCCUGAAUCCUGAGGUGCUGCUGCUUUUCCCCAUUAGCGGUCUCGUGUGAAAUGUGAACGCAUGUCAUCUCCACCUCUCUCUUCCUGUUCUUCGCUUCCGGCACCUUCCGAGUGGACCUGAACACACCAAUGUUUCACUGACAUCCACGACAUGGGAAGACCAGCUUCUGUGCACCGUGUGGUGAAGGUGGCUUCCAGAAUGUUCCUGCCCCCCCCCCCUUGCUGAGUGUCCCCCCCUCCAGCAGAAGGGCCUUUCUGCAGCAGUCUGCUGUGAGAUCCUCACGCUGUGCUGUAAAGUUGCGGCCUCAGCAUAGUUCAGUCCCAUGACAUGCAAGCCCAUGUUAUAAAUGAAACUAGUAAUAUUUUAAUAAUUUUAUUUCAUUGUACUCAUUAAAUUGUUCGAGAAUUUAUUUAAAA